AUGGCCAGACCUUUGCGAGUCCUGGAGGCGCUGCUCAACGAUGUGCGUGUUGGCCGUUUCCGCCCAGAUGAGACCAGGAGCGGAAGAUUCAGGGACGUGGUUCUGGAGGGUUGCCACAUGGACGAAUCCUUCCCGCCAGCACCUUUGUCACUCUUUGAUGAAUGGGUCGAAGCCAGUGAGCCUGGUAACAAACCACGAGAAGUUGAGGUGACCAACCAGAACCGAGAGUCUACCGAAAUCAUUGAGGUCGACCCUGACAGCCCGAAGAGGGAAGAGGAGGACAAUGCAUCAUCAGAGGCGCCGGAUACAUCCACAAGCUCAGAUGAGAGUGCCGCUGUCCUCAGUGGGGCCAGGAGACCGCUGCGUGUUCCUACCGUACCGGACUCUUUGAAGCUUGUGCAGCAUACGAAGCUUCGAACUUUGCAUUGCAUGGAGAAGGAGCACCAGCUCAUCUUGUUGUGUGGUCGCAAAGCAGUGCCAGAAAGAUACGGCGUGGUGGAGGAGGUAACAGCAGGUGAUGUGACAGAGCCUGGCAAGACAUUGCCCUUCAUCGAGAAGCAGAGGAGGUUGAGAGCUCAGCAAACACGCAUCACUGGAAUCAGUCAUAGACACGAGCAGCAGGCCUCUCAUGCUUUGAUUGAUGCAGCUUUCAACAUUCUUGAGACCGGUGCAGUUGUUUACCUGCCACCUUCGAAGUGUGGCUCGCGAGAUGCUGAAAUCCAGUCAGAAGCAAAGAACAAGCAGAAGCAGCUAUUGACUUUGGAGCAAGGAACUAUCAAGGCCACAGCCUCAGAUGCCCUGGUCUCUGUGGACAUUGGGACGGAGAUGAAAUUGAUGUACGCCCUUCAGCGCCGGGGACUUGCGUUUGACUUAGUCAAUCUUGUGUCUUGGCCAGUGCAUAUGGAAUGGGUCAACAAACUCUUUAGAGCACUCAUGUCUGAAGCAGUCCCAGGGUUUAAUAGCAUCACCUUGCAGCAGUUGCUUCGUGCUGAUCAGGAGCUAUUCCUAACCAUAGCAGCCGAAUUUGAUGGUUCGCUCAAGGGGGCAAACGUUGGUGAUCCGCCACCUCUCGAUGCAGUCAUUCAAAGGUUGAUGAACGACCCUCGCAUCAAUAUUCAUUUAACCCCAACUGCUAGAGGUGAGAAACGUAGCAUUCAGCAAGAAGGUGACAAGGUGUCCAACCCGCCCGCGAAGAAGCAGAAGCAGCCCAAGCCGGGUGCCCAGCGUUCGCCUAGCCAGUGCACUGCGAUUGACAAGGACCCAGGCCGUUCAGAAAACUUUCCGGUGUACAUUUGUGACAUUACCAAUGAAGAACAGUUCUUGAAUUUGCGCACUUAUCUGGAAAAAGAGAGAAGUGCCAUCUUGCACGCACACUUUGCUCCAAGCUGUGGUACUGCUUCGCGUGCAAGAGAACGGCCAAUUCCAGGUUUCAAAACCGCUCCAAAGCCUUUGAGGAGUGAUGCUCAUCCAGAUGGCCUACCCAACUUGUCGGAGUCGGAGCAUCAAAGGGUGUCAGAGGCUAACAGAAGUUAUGCAGCGAUGUCGCAGCUUAUUUUUGUUUUGGUGGAAUUGGGAGUCAGCAUCAGCAUUGAAAACCCUCGCAACUCUUUGCUGUGGAAGACUUCCUUCUUAAAGCAUUUGUUGGGUAAGUUGCCAACCUACCAUGUUUGCACUUUUCACCAUUGCAUGCACGGGGGAAAGCGUGAUAAAGACACUGCUUGGUAUAGCUUCAACCCGCGUGAUCCGCAGAGGGAUUUGUUCGCGAGCUUGGCACUGAAGUGUAACAAACAACACCAACACGCGCCCUGGAAACCCUAUGUGGAUGCCUCAGGGAAACGAAUUUUCCCAACAGCAGAUGAAACCGCUUAUCCGCACUUGCUGUGUGAGCGCGUUGCAUACAUCUUGAGGACAGAGGCCAAAAAGGCGGGCUUCAUUUUUCCCACUGACUUGCACCAACAGUUGGACCACACCAAUGUCAGUGCAAAACGCCAGCUGUUUACAACACAACCUAGAGGUCGUCGUCUCAGGCCGUUGGUCUCUGAGUUCUCGGGUUAUGUAACGGUGGUAACCUUGCCUGAUAGGUCCGAAUUUUUGGAGCAAACUCUUCGUACACUCCCCAAGGGAGCUCGCAUUUGUCAUCGGGUUCUUCAGCAGUGGGGGUGGAAUCGGGAUGACAUGGCACAGAAAUCACGCACUGUUGUCGUUGACGAGAGGUGUGGCACGGAUGGGCAAUGUGAAGUAGUGAACAUUGGCAUCCCUAGGGAACCCAGUGAGUUUAUACAAGAAGCCUUGAACAAGGGUCACCCUAGAGACAUCAUUGCAAACAUACGGGACGCCGAGCGGGACCUGCUUUUGAAUUUGGUGCAUCAACCUUGCUCUGUUCGUUUCCAAAAGCGUGCAGCCUUCAUGAAGAAAUGGCUUAAGAGAUCCUUGGAGCUGAAAGAGAGCGAGCAGAAGUUGCAUGAUUCCCUUGCGCCACACUUGGUCCCCAUCCUAAUGGGUAAACGGCUCUUGUUGUGGAAGGAGAUCUUGAUUGACCUUGCAUACUCUGACGUAGCCGUUAUCGAUGAUGUGGUAAAAGGGUUCGCAUUGACAGGUUGGGCGCCGCAAACUGGCGUGUUCCACAAGCAUGUUCGAAAGCCCAGUUUGACAACCCAGGAACUGCGGAAAAGAGCAGCCGGUUUGAAUGCGGCGGUCACGGGCUCGUUGGAAAACAGCACUGAAGGUCCGCAUGAUCAGUAUGCUUGGGACGAAACCAUGGAAGAGGUUCAGAAGGGGUGGCUCGGUGUUAGCGAUGGGUCGAGUGAAUGUGUCAUUGCCAAGCGUUUUCCUCUGGUGCAAGGAAGCAAAGUGCGAUUGAUCGACGAUUUCUCGAUCUGUGGAGCCAAUUCUGCCUACGGUAUGACAGAGAAGCUUCGAGUUCAAAGCAUAGAUGAACUCACAGCUUACCUCGCCUACAUCCUUGACUCUACCGAAGGUGCUGCAUGCCCUGCUCUGGUAGGACGCACGUUUGAUCUUAAACAUGCUUACAAACAGUUUGGUGUGGAUGAGUGGCACAGCAAGUUUUUGAACAUCGCAGUGCGGAAACCCGGCGGCUCGUAUGGCCUGUUCAAAGUCUACGCACUGCCGUUCGGAGCUUCAGGAAGCGUCACCAGUUUCCUCAGAGUUGCUUGCAGCAUCGCAUACAUUGGCACAUAUGGUUUGGACAUCACCUGGACUAGUUUCUUUGAUGACUUUACUGUACUGUGUACACAGGAGGAGGCUGAUAACGUCGGAUGGUACGUUGAGUCAUUGUUCAAAUUGCUUGGAGUCGAAUACGCCGCCACAGGCGACAAAGCUCCACCCUUCCAAAGUGCUUUCAAGUCCUUGGGUUUGAUAAUAGAUGUCUCAACGGUCAAUUCAGGCACCUUUUCGAUACAGCAUACCUCGAAGAGGCGUGACGAGUUGCUCAAUAGCUUACGCUCCAUUCUGAAGGCAGCAACCGCUGCUCCAAAAGAGCUCGAACGAUUGCAUGGGAGACUAGUCUGGUUCAGCUCCUUCAUCUUUGGUAGGUUGAUGAAUGGCUUUGUGCGGACUUUAUCUGAAUUUUCUCGGGUUCGCACUAGCAGGGUCUUGGUCCAGGGUUCGCUGGCUGAAGCCUUGCAGGGUCUUGAGAAAUUGGUGGAGCAGUCCCAACCUGUGAGGGUGAGUCGAGCUUUGUGUUGGACUUGGCUAGUAUUCACCGAUGGAGCGUAUGAGAAAUCUGACCAGGGUUUCGGUAGUGUGGGAGGCGUUCUUGUCAGCCCGCAGGGGACUUUGAUUGAGAUUUUUGGAGAAAGAGUCAAUGCCGAGUUCUUGGAGAUCUUGCUGGGCACAUCAAAGCAUCCCAUAUAUGAGUUGGAAAUCCUGCCAGUCCUGAUGGCAGCUUCGCUCUGGGCUACCUACAUCGCUG